GCCGUCAGUUAAGAAGCUGCCACUCGUCGUACCGUGUGCUGUCGUGUAAACAUUGUGACAACCAGGUCUCGUUGAAUUGUUAACAUUUGUACACAGUUUCGUUUCAAAUAAGACAGACGCUGCACUGCACUGUGGACAUGAAAGAUCACGCUGAACUAGAUUAUCAGGAGAUGGUCUCUCAAGAAACGAUAACAACUUCGGACGAGAAAGUGUCGGGAAACCAGGAUGGUCAUGCACUGACUAGCCAGGAGAGGAUCAGCGAAGACGAGAAAGAGUUUGAAAACUCCAAAACAGAUGAGGAAACAGGAAAAAGCGAAGGCAAAGACGGAGAAGAGAAAAAGUUUGAGAAGCCGCCAUUUUCAUACAACGCUCUAAUAAUGAUGGCCAUUCGCGGGUCACCGGAGAAAAGGCUUACUCUAAGUGGCAUUUACGAUUUCAUUAUGAAGAAUUUUCCUUACUAUCGUAAUAAUAAGCAAGGUUGGCAAAACUCCAUCAGACACAACCUCUCCCUCAACAAAUGUUUCGUGAAGAUUCCUCGACACUACGACGACCCCGGCAAAGGAAAUUACUGGAUGUUAGAUCCCAGUGCAGACGAUGUGGUCAUCGGAGGGACGACAGGGAAGCUUAAACGACGGAAUCCUCCCUCGUCCAGAAACCGUAUAGCGCUAAAACGGCAACAGAGAAUCUCUCCAAUCCCAAGUUACCCUUUGGACCUUUCUCAAGUUGGUUUCUGCUCAAGUUUUUGGCCCUAUCCACCUUCUAUAUUCUCAGCGCCUUUGUCUCCGCAUAUGAGAAAACACGAUCUAAUGGGAAUGUCCUGCACAAUGAACUGUAACUCGUCACUCCCUCAUCCAACGCCAGUUCUUCCACACCCAUCUCCUGGUGUUCGAUGCCUUUUUCCUUCAUCAUCAGAGAUGACUCUCUCAGGCCGCUGCCACGGGUUUGGCAUUCUGCAGCCGCCUUUCCCUCAAAGUGGCCUUUUCCCCGUCAACCAUGCAGGUCCCACAAUGGAACCACAGUGGCCAUGUUCAAGACCAUCUUCCCCUUUUUCAACAGAUAGGUUCAUUACAAAUAGUGACUCUGUUUUCCCGUCGGCGUUUAGCACAGUACCUAAACUACCAUUUGGCUCACCUGCGCUAAGAUCUACCUUCCCAUUCUUAAAAGAAAACGCUUCUCCCACUUCGCGCACCACUUUCUUGUCAGAGUGCAAAUGAACAUUGAAAUCAGUAGACGUAGAUUUAAAUCUUUAUUUGGGAGAAAAGACAAAAUAGAAAUUUAACGGAGGAACAAAAAAAAAUCGCUCGAUAAACUAUGAUAUAUUUGCGGUUGGACUGCGAGAAACAGCCCGCUGAAAUCAAGUUUAUUUACUGUGAUUCGUCGCUAAUUCGCAUUACUGCUAAAGCCACUUUGUUCAAUAUUCUCAUUAAUUGUCUAAAACGUACCGUUUUAGACUGGCCUAUUUUAAAAAAAAAUAGUUUAAGUUCAUUUCAAAGUCACUGUUUUAAACAUUAAUGAGACAAGUUAAGUCAACAACUAAAUCGUGUAAAUUUGUAAAUUUUGCCAGUACGUUGACACCUCACUCCGUGAAUGUGAGCAAAUACCAGAUAAAUAUUUAUGGUUGAAAUGUGUCUUGUUAAUUCAAUUACCACAUUAAAAUUUAACGACACGGUUUUAUUGUGUGGACAUGUAAAUCUGAUUUGUUUGCCAGCAAGUUAUAAUCUAUUCAAUUCAUAUUUCUCAGCUAAUACCUUAGCAGGUGAAAGGGUUUAUCUAUUAUCCUACACAGAACAACUGUAUACCAAAACCUGUAUGUUUUACUGAG